GCGCCCUCGCCUUUCCCCUCCCAUCUCCUCAGCUCCGUGGACGUGCUCGCUUCUUCUCCGGACCGGGUCUAUGUCCCGGUUUCCCGCCGUCGCGGGCAGGGCGCCAAGGCGGCAGGAGGAGGGCGAGCGGCCAAUAGAGCUCCAGGAAGAACGGCCGUCAGCUGUUCGCAUCGCUGACAGAGAAGAGAAAGGAUGCACAUCACAGGAGGGAGGAACAACUCCAACGUUUCCUAUUCAGAAACAAAGGAAAAAGCUCAUUCAAGCUGUGAGGGACAAUUCGUUCCUCAUCGUUACUGGAAAUACAGGAAGUGGUAAAACAACUCAACUCCCUAAAUACCUUUAUGAAGCAGGGUUUUCACAGCAUGGUAUGAUUGGUGUGACUCAGCCACGAAAAGUAGCUGCCAUAUCAGUUGCUCAGAGGGUUGCUGAAGAAAUGAAAUGCACUCUGGGAUCUAAAGUAGGAUACCAAGUUCGUUUUGAUGAUUGCAGCUCCAAGGAAACAGCAAUCAAAUACAUGACUGACGGGUGUUUACUCAAACAUAUUUUGGGAGAUCCAAAUCUUAACAAAUUCAGUGUCAUUAUUUUGGAUGAAGCCCAUGAAAGAACUUUAACUACGGAUAUCUUAUUUGGUUUACUGAAGAAGCUGUUUCAGGAUAAGUCUCCUAACAGGAAAGAACAUUUAAAGGUGGUGGUGAUGUCAGCAACUAUGGAGCUAGCCAAGCUCUCUGCAUUCUUUGGAAAUUGCCCCAUAUUUGAUAUACCUGGAAGACUCUAUCCUGUCAGAGAGAAAUUCUGCAAUUUGAUUGGCCCACGAGACAGAGAAAAUACUGCAUAUAUUCAAGCGAUUGUGAAAGUGACCAUGGAUAUUCAUUUGAAUGAAAUGGCUGGAGACAUCUUAGUUUUCCUGACUGGCCAGUUUGAGAUAGAGAAGAGUUGUGAGCUGCUUUUUCAGAUGGCGGAGUCUGUUGACUAUGAUUAUGAUGUACAAGAUACCACGCUAGACGGCUUGUUGAUCCUGCCAUGUUACGGCUCUAUGACAACAGAUCAACAGAGGAGAAUAUUUUUGCCACCUCCACCUGGAAUUAGAAAAUGUGUUAUAUCCACCAAUAUUUCUGCAACAUCUUUGACAAUAGAUGGGAUCAGAUAUGUGGUGGAUGGAGGCUUUGUGAAGCAAUUAAAUCAUAACCCGAGAUUAGGGCUGGACAUCCUGGAGGUGGUUCCUAUUUCAAAAAGUGAAGCUCUACAACGAAGCGGCCGAGCUGGCAGGACGGCCACAGGAAAAUGCUUUAGGAUUUACAGUAAAGACUUCUGGAACCAGUGUAUGCCUGAUCAUGUGAUCCCAGAGAUUAAGAGAACUAGUUUGACAUCUGUAGUUCUGACAUUAAAGUGCCUUGCCAUACAUGAUGUCAUAAGGUUUCCAUAUUUGGAUCCACCUAAUGAAAGACUUAUUUUGGAAGCACUUAAACAGCUUUACCAGUGUGAUGCUAUUGACAGGAGUGGUCAUGUGACAAGAUUGGGUUUAUCUAUGGUGGAGUUCCCUCUCCCUCCACAUCUGACGUGUGCAGUGAUCAGGGCUGCUUCUCUUGACUGUGAAGAUUUGCUGCUUCCAAUUGCAGCAAUGCUAUCCGUGGAAAAUGUCUUCAUCAGACCUGUCGAUCCAGAGUACCAGAAGGAAGCAGAACAGAGACAUCGGGAAUUGGCAGCAAAAGCUGGUGGAUUUAAUGACUUUGCGACGUUAGCCGUCAUUUUUGAACAGUGCAAAUCAAGUGGAGCUCCAGCUUCCUGGUGCCAGAAGCACUGGAUUCACUGGCGGUGCUUAUUCUCUGCGUUUCGUGUGGAAGCUCAACUUCGGGAACUGAUCAGGAAACUCAAACAGCAAAGUGAUUUCCCAAGAGAGACUUUUGAAGGUCCUAAACACGAAGUACUGCGAAGAUGUCUUUGUGCAGGAUACUUCAAAAAUGUUGCACGAAGAUCUGUUGGCAGGACAUUUUGCACAAUGGAUGGGCGUGGAAGUCCAGUUCACAUUCAUCCUUCCUCAGCACUUCAUGAACAGGAAACCAAACUUGAAUGGAUAAUUUUUCAUGAAGUAUUAGUUACCACCAAAGUCUAUGCAAGAAUUGUGUGUCCUAUCCGAUACGAAUGGGUGAGAGACUUACUACCCAAGUUGCAUGAACUUAAUGCACAUGAUUUGAGCAGCGUGGCUAGACGUGAAAUGAGAGAAGAUGCAAGAAGAAAAUGGACAAAUAAGGAAAAUGUGAAACAGCUAAAGGAUGGAAUAUCAAAAGAAGUUCUAAAGAAAAUGCAAAGAAGAAAUGAUGACAAAUCCAUAUCAGAUGCACGGGCUCGUUUCCUUGAGAGAAAGCAACAGAGAACCCAGGACCACAGUGACACUUUAAAGGAAACAGGCUAAGCAGUGGACUGUCCAAUUGAGGAAGCAGGAAAGCAGCCAGGAAAUGUGCUUCUGUUUUGCCAGUUAUUUCAGACAGUACUAUCAAAAGGAAGUGGUCAGCAGCUGUUCCUAGCCUGUGAGCUGAAAGCAAAUCAGAAUUUAUAAACCACAUUUUGUCAAUACUAACAAAUGACAUUUUGAAAGAAAAGAUUGGGUUGCGUAGUCAGUACAUGAAACCACUGAAAGAUAAUACAAUAUUUUCCUCACUUCUGUUCUGCUGGCCUUAACUGGUAUCAAACAGUGUCACUCAGAUAUUUUCAAAGAACACUGAAUUGUAUUUAAUCAGCGUGUAUUCCAUUUCGCAUUGAAGCAUUAAAGAUUAUUUUCCUUAAA